GUUCCAGUUCUCAGCCCCACCGUCACUCUGUACGCGGACGAUAGUGCGAGUGUUGACAAACUGCUGGGGGAUGUAGGUAUGGGUGUAGGUAUGUGGGCGAGCGAACACCUCAACGCAUUGAAUGAGACGGAAGCUGAGGAGGCAGUCAGAUCGGCCUAUGAUGUUGUGGCUGACCCUAUGUGGGCGUUCUAUGACAGCUUGAACCUCACAG